CGUUCUUCGAUGACAGAAGGCGCGAUUUGUCUGAACCUAUCGACGUCCAUCGAUACCAAAGUUUGUUUAUCAUUGUUAUUCGGCACUUUGACCAUCAACAUGAGCUCCAUCAAGAUCGAAUUUGCAGUGCAGAUGCGAAGAGGUGACGAAUCCUAUGCCGGUGCCCUCCGUUCGGCGCUGGAUGGGGUAGGCCAGGUCGAAAUUGACGCCCAGGAAGGUCGGGUGAUAAUCCAGACCCAACGACCUUGGUCAGAGAUUCAGGACAAGAUAGAAGCCACAGGUGUCCGGGCCGUACUCUCCGGAUUCGGCGGCCAGUCGGCGGUAGCCCUCAUUAACACAACAGGAAGUGUAGUGGACAAGACUCCAAUCCAAGGAGUUGUGCGGUUUACCACCAUUACCGCAGACAAGGAGCCUGGAGUGGUGGUGGAUGGCGUUGUGGACGGUCUAUCGCCUGGACUGCACGGAUUACACAUUCACGAGAGUGGUGACACUUCCGCAGGUUGCUCGUCGGUCGGAGAUCACUACAAUCCCCGCCAGUCGCCACAUGGAAGCCCUGCAGGCGCGGCAGAGGAGCGGCACGCCGGAGACCUGGGCAACAUUCGAGCGGAUGAAAACGGCAGGGCCACCUUUAGAUUUGUGGAUCCAGUGCUAGAGGUCUGGGACAUAAUCGGGAGGGCUGUCGUCCUAACAGCCAACGCCGAUGACCUGGGACGCGGGGGCAAUGAUCAGAGCCUGAUUGACGGCAACUCUGGGGAAAGAAUUGCGUGUGGUAUAAUUGCUCGUUCGGCGGGCAUCCUGGAAAACUUUAAGAGAAUCUGUGCAUGCGAUGGGGUCACCCUAUGGGAUGAACGCAAUAAGCCACUGGCUGGCAAGGAGCGAUCACAAAAGCUGUAAACUUGUUUCCAUAUUUGACCUUGUAAAUAAAAUUAUCUUAUCUUUA